AUUUAAAGAAGUAAUUGGGCUAGGAGGUGAAGCACUCUAACCAGCCGCCGUCCACUAGAGCUGGUGGCGAUGGAUGAAUCUACGUCGAUCGAUUCCUCCUCUUCUGUUCUACUUACCAUGUGCAAGAUUUUUCAAAACCCUAAACCUGCUUCGAAUUAGCAACAAAUUAUUAUCAUAUCACAUGAAUCUCUUCUCAUCUUCAAUCACUAUAACCAACGCUCAAUGACCCUCCAUGUUAGAUCUUCAAAAUCCAUCGUCACCACUGGAAAACACAGCUUCAAUUUCAUAAAGGUUCGUUUAACUUUCUUAUCGAAAUCUUUUCAUCAAUCUCAGAACUACCCAUUUGUCAAAACCAAUACCCAGAACUGUACAAAUAAUAGUAUCGAUUGCACCGAGUUUCAUUUCAAAAACCUCAUAUUUUCAGCGAUUGAAAGAAAUUAUUGGGCAUUUUGUUACAAUACUAAACCAGGUCCUAACCCGCUUCAGGAUAGAUUUCAAGCAGUGAUAUUUGAACCCGAAUUGUUUACUAGGGUUCUUAGUUCAAUCAAAGAACACCCCAGGAUUGCUCUUAGGUUCUUCCAUUGGGUGGAAAAACAACCAGGCUUUACGCCUUCAGAUAAUUCGUUUAUUGCUAUUCUUGAGAUUCUCGUGGAGAGCAAUCUGAUGAAUCGGGCGUAUCCAGUGAUGGAAAAAAUGGUUUGUGGGAAUUUGAAUGGGGUUGUGAAUUCUUUAAUCGAUGGCAAUCUGAAUGCAAAUAUUGCAGCUAAGCUGCUCGACUUUAUGCUCUUUUUCUUAGCUAAGAAAGUCAUGGUUGAGCAAUGUUUAUGGGUUUUUAAUAAAAUGGUCGAAAGCAAGUUCUUGCCAGAUGUGAAGAACUGCAACAGGCUUCUUAAGAUGCUUCGAGAUAAGAAAUUAGUUCACAAAAGAAAACAAGUUUAUAGUAUGAUGAAUGUGUAUCACAUUGAGCCAAACAUCAUAACAUACAAUACUUUGUUGGAUUCGUAUUGCAAAGAGGGAGAAGUGGGACAAGCAUUAAACCUUUUGGAAAAGAUGCAAACAAAAGGCUGUGAACCCAAUGAUGUUACUUAUAAUGCAUUGAUUAGUGGGAUGGUGAAAAUAGGCGAUUUUGAUCAAGCAAAAGAGAUGCUUUCUGAGAUGUUAGUUUUGGGCUUGAAGGUAUCAUCAUACAGUUACAAUCCCUUAAUUCAUGGGUAUUGUGAGAAAGGCUUAAUUGAAGAAGCAUUCAAUCUUGUUGAAGAAAUGGCGAUUGUAGGAGCUUCACCAACUGUACAUACAUACAACAUUCUCAUGUAUGGAUUAUGCAAACAAGGAAGAAUCGUUUAUGCUCGCCAACAACAUUCUAUUAUGCUAAAAAACAGUUUAAUGCCAGAUAUAGUUUCAUACAAUAUUUUGAUUUAUGGGUAUUGUCUUUUAGGGCGUAUAAAAGAAGCUUUCUUGUUGGUAUCCGAGUUGAGGCGUAGGGAUCUUUUUCCUACAAUGAUUACCUACAACACCCUUAUGCAAGGGCUAUGUGGAAGUGGGAACAUGCAAAAGGCAAUGGAGCUCAAGGGCGAAAUGGUAAAUCUUGGUUUUCCUCCCGAUGUUUACACUUACACGAUAUUGGCAAACGGUUGUUACAAGAUGGGUGAUUUGGAAAUGGCUACAAAAACUUAUCAAGAAAUGAUUAGACAUGGUUUGCAGCCUGAUCAAUACGCGUACAUCACUCGAAUAGCAGGAGAACUGAAACUUAGUGAUACCAAAAGAGCAAUUGGUUUACUAGAAAUCCUUGAAAAACGUAUUGGGCCCAAUUUAGUCACAUAUAAUGUGUUUGUACAUGGUCUUUGUAAGGAUGCAAAUGUUGAAGGAGCUAAUGAGUUGAUAAAAGAAAUGGUUAGUAAAGGCUUUGUUCCUGAUCAUUUCACAUAUACAAGUAUUAUUUGUUCACAUUUGAAAUCUGGAAAGAUUCAAAAAGCCAAAGACUUGUUUUCUGAGAUGCAAAGCAAAGGGGUGGAUCCUACGGUUGUGACAUACACCGUGUUGAUACAUGCACAUGCGGUUACUGCAAGGGUAGAAUGGGCAUUUAUGUAUUUCAUGGAGAUGCAAGAGAAGGGUAUCAUGCCGAAUGUGAUUACAUAUAAUGCAUUGAUCAAUGGUUAUUGCAAGUGUAGACGUAUGGAUCAUGCGUAUAGAUAUUUUUCUGAAAUGGAAGCGAGGGGUUUAGUUGCUAAUAAAUAUUCUUAUACCAUUUUGAUUAAUGGGAAUUGUGAUUUGGGGAAUUGGAGUGAGGCUUUGAGGUUAUAUACAGAGAUGGUGGAUAGAGGAAUUGAGCCUGAUUCGUGUACACAUAGUGCAUUGUUGAAGAAAAUAGGUUUGGAUUCAAAAGCUGAUGCAGUUCGUUAUCUUGAAAAUGUUGUUCUUGGUAAUGAGGAGAUUUGUGAAGCAAAAUCUGUUUCCUAUUUAUAGUGAUUGAUAUGGUCAAAAAGUCAAAUCUUUUUUUUGUGGCUAUCGGUUGUGAAAUGACUAUGAUGGACACGUUAACAAAUCACUUGAAAUGACUUCAGUUAAAUUGACUCGAAUGUUUAUACAUUCAAGACAUAGAUUUGAUACAAUGAGAAACAAUCUUUUAUGAUGUUAUAACAGGUAUGUAGAUGAGAAAAAUGUCUGGAAAGUUAGUAUUGUAUUCUUUCAUUUUUUUUUUUGCUAAAUGAAUCUUGAUGAUGAUCAUCAUGUCAAACCAUAAAGCCAUACCUUGUUUGUUCCAAUGCAAACACUCUUCUUGUAUAACUUAUUCAUAUUCAGUUGAAUGCAAAAUUCCCGAGAAGUUUUGCAGUAUGCAUAUAGUGGUGUUCUUUGCAAGAAUGAACAAUUGUAGUCAAAUUUUAGAAAUAAAAUGCAAUACAAACCAUCAUAAAUUUUGCUAUAUCUUGCUAAAUGUGGUCUUCUUUUUGCAUUUUUAUGUGAAUGGUGUUUGUUUGCAAAUUGCAAUAGAGGAAGUCAAGUAUAUGAUUAUUUGAAAAUCAGGUGACUUGUAUUGUAGACCAAUGAGGUUAAAAUUGUCUUUAUAUAUAACUUUUGGUUGUAAGCCUGAUGAGAAACAGCUCCAGAGAUCCAGUAUCAGUCUUCCAAGAAGCGCCAUAAAAACAGGACCAUGCAAUCCAGGAUGCUUAAAAUCUGGUUAACCAACCCAAAGUAUAUGUCUUAAAGCACCAUUUGAAUGUAUGUGUGAUGUGUCACAAAUAUUAUUCGGUGAAUCUUUUCUUUUUGUUGGAGUGCAUUUUGGGGUUUUCCUUGUUUAUAGGGUUUACUUCAUUUGUAUAGUAGUAGUUCAUGGGUUAAAGUUCAUUCAAUGCAUGUUCUUUAUCUUUGGGUUCUUCUUUGAGCAUUUGGAUACGAGUGUCAUAAAAAUUGCAUUUGAAUAAUUCAUCCAAUCCAAUAAGGUAUGGGUUGUUUGGUUGUGUUUAUUCAGUUUUGGGGUAAUUUAGCUUGAUUAACA